AACACUCUCAACACCUAUCAAAACGUCCCAACAAUCACACACUCAACGGGCGACAACACCCCCAAGCCCACCUCACAACCCACCCUCAACAACAAACUCACCCACCUACACCUCCAUCUCCGCCACCAACAAAAGAUGGACGGCCAAACCCCUCUCCCCACCCGCUCAACCUUCCACACAACCCUCCUCCAACAACCACCACAAGGGGAGUGUUGCCCAAUAUGCUACACCCCCUACACCACCUCCGCCACCUCCACGGUGCAACUCCCCUGCACCCACACCUUCUGCCACGCAUGCAUAACGCAGUGGCUCUCAACCUCUUCGACGUGCCCGCUGUGCCGGCGGGCGCUCUUCGUCGAGGACGAGGGGGAGGAAGAGGAGGAGGAGUUGUCGUCGGACGACGACACCCCGGAGGAGGACUUGGUGGUUUUGGGCAGCGGGGACGAGGACGCGGUGGAGAUGACGGAGGAUGAGUUGUGGGCGCUGAUGGGGAUUAUCGACGGCAGUAGUGUGGUGGUUGGGGAGGAGGAGCGGGCGGCGCUGGUUGGGAUUUUCGGCGGGGCGGCGAUGGCGGCCACUCUUGCUUGGGCGGCUGCUAGGGAGGAGCAGCAGGAGGACGAUGGGAGACACGAUGGGGUGGACGACAGCAAUGGCGGUGCUGUUGUCGCUGGAGGUAUUGGGGCGGAUGGUGCGAUCCGUGGGUGGGAGGGUUGUGGGAGGUUAAGGGGCGGCUGAGGGAUGGGUUGCCCCAGUGGUUGAAG